AUGCUACGAUCCAAGGUGAUAAACGCUAUGGGAAACUUGGAUGGAAGCCCAAACAACGCAGGACUAUUGUUUCUUCAAGCCUCAGCCGUCACUUCGUCCGGCAAGGAUUUGGGUCAAUUAAUGUUACCUGUUGCAAAUCGCUCUUACGCAUCUGGUCCCUCACCAAUCUUGUUUCAGUGGGUCGACGGAGAAACGGCUUCACAAAAUACAAACCCUGUGGCUUGCCAACGAUUGGCCAAGGAGUUUGAAAUGUUGGUGAAAAAUCCUCUGGUUGGAUGCCAAGCGAAACCGAAAAACGGUGACAGUAAUCUGGAACACGGAGAUAUUACAUGUGAAUAUCCGUAA